AUGGAGUUCCUGAGGAGAAGCUGUAGACUUACAAAAAGAGACAGAAUUGAAAACGCAGAGAUUAAGCGGAGAAUGGGAGUGCAAUCAGACAUAAUCGACUAUAUAGAGGAGAAGAGACUAUCCUGGUACGGCCACGUCAGAAGAGCGGACAGAGGACGCUGGAUAAACAAAAUCACAGAAUGGAGCCCGAUCGGAAGAAGAAAGAGAGGAAGACCCCGAAGGUCAUUCAGAGACGAAAUCGACGAGGCUAUGGAGAAAAGAACCCUGCGAGAUGGAGACUGGAAUGACAGGGAAAAUUGGAGAAAACGGUUGAGUGAAGGAAGACAGUGA